AUGUUCAAUCCCAAUUUGUUGAAUCCUCAGUUGGCUCGGGAAAUCACCGAGGCCUUCUUCAAGGUGAAUGUAGUUCACUUCCGCGAUGCACGACUGAUGAACGAACUCAUCAACACACCUUUCCCGUGCGGAUCAAUUCCCAAAGAUCACGUCCGGAAUAUCGUGAUCUACAUACGAUUUGAAGACUUUCUCGAGAGAGCUGGUUGGAACGUGCGUACAUGUUGCUAUGAGACGCCCCAUGAACCAGGCCCGGAGUUCAAAUGGAUAGAGCACGGUGUAUACAACCGCUUUCGUCGCGACAUCGCUUUCAUCCAGCGUCUUGUCUUUGCCAGACCUCCAGAAGUCACCUUACUUCUGGUUACACCAUUUUGCCGAUGGGAUGCGGAAGAUCUUGAUAAGGAUCGCAUAAAUCUUAAUUUCCUGGAGGUCGUACUGCCAACCUACAAUCAUCUGAAGAAGAAUGGGUCAGCCACGAAGGUCAUUUCCAAAAGGCUUUCAUCCUUGAGUGAAGCGGAGUAUGCCUGGGGAGCGGGUUGGGUCCCUCACGACGACGAAGACGUCACUUGGCAGGUCGAGAUCGCUGCCAAAACAUAUGCUCAGUCUACUGCUGAGCACUAUGCCUAUCCGGGUGGUCGAAAGAGCUCGAAGCGCGAGCGAUUAGAAAACCGUAUUAAAGAAACUGCUGCAAAACGCGCAGGCUAG